GGGUUUAGCGUGGCAAUCAGAGACCCGGCCGGGGGGCGGGGGUGGCGGUCCGUUAGUGGCGUUGGCCUCCGGCCGCGGUGGCAGCGCUUUCUCCUCUGUCUACUGGGAGGUCUCAGGCUGGAGGCCAUCCAGGUGAAGAGCGCGGCUGCAUGUGUGUGCGCACUCCAUGGGAGCCGGGAGGCCUGAGCUUUUGCUGCCGCCUCGGUCGCUAUGGGGGCGCAGGACCGGCCGCAAUGCCACUUCGACAUCGAAAUCAACCGGGAGCCGGUUGGUCGAAUUAUGUUUCAGCUCUUUUCAGAUAUAUGUCCAAAAACAUGCAAAAACUUCCUUUGCCUAUGCUCAGGAGAGAAAGGCCUUGGGAAAACAACUGGGAAGAAGUUAUGUUAUAAAGGUUCUACAUUCCAUCGUGUGGUUAAAAACUUUAUGAUUCAGGGUGGGGACUUCAGUGAAGGUAAUGGAAAAGGUGGAGAAUCAAUUUAUGGUGGUUAUUUUAAAGAAGCCUGUUCCCAAGAUGAAAACUUUAUUCUCAAACAUGACAGAGCGUUCCUUUUGUCAAUGGCAAAUCGAGGGAAACAUACCAAUGGUUCCCAGUUUUUCAUUACCACAAAACCUGCUCCACACCUGGAUGGGGUGCAUGUUGUCUUUGGACUAGUUAUUUCUGGUUUUGAAGUAAUCGAACAAAUUGAAAAUCUGAAAACUGAUGCUGCAAGUAGACCGUAUGCAGAUGUACGAGUUAUUGACUGCGGGGUGCUUGCCACAAAGUCAGCAAAAGACGUUUUUGAGAAAAAAAGGAAGAAGCCAACUCAUUCAGAAGUCUCGGAUUCCUCUUCCAAUUCCUCAUCCUCUUCAGAAUCAUCCUCAGAAACUGAAAUUGAACAUGAGAGAAGCAGAAGAAGGAAACAUAAGAGGAGACCGAAAGUUAAACAUUCUAAAAAGAGACGAAAGGAAGCAAGCAGUUCAGAAGAGCCAAGAAAUAAACAUAUAAUAAGCCCAAAAGGUCAUUCUGAGAGAAGUGAUACCAAUGAAAAAAGAUCUGUUGAUUCAAAUGCCAAAAGGGAAAAGCCUGUGGUCCGCCCAGAAGAGAUUCCUCCAGUGCCCGAGAACCGAUUUUUACUGAGAAGAGAUAUGCCUCUUGUCACAGUGGAGCCUGAACCGAAAAUUCCUGAUGUUACACCCACUGUAAGUGACCAGAAACCAUCUGUGUCAAAGUCUGGACGGAAGAUUAAAGGAAGGGGCACAAUUCGCUAUCACACACCUCCAAGAUCAAGAUCCUGUUCUGAAUCAGAUGAUGAUGAUAGCAGUGAAACUCCUCCUCACUGGAAAGAAGAAAUGCAGAGAUUAAGAGCAUAUAGACCACCUAGUGGAGAAAAAUGGAGUAAAGGAGAUAAGUUAAGUGAUCCCUCUUCAAGCCGAUGGGAUGAAAGGAGCUUGUCCCAGAGAUCCCGAUCGUGGUCCUAUAAUGGAUAUUAUUCAGAUCUGAGUACAGCAAGACACUCUGAUGGUCACCAUAAAAAACGCAGAAAAGAGAAAAAGGUUAAGCAUAAAAAGAAAGCUAAAAAGCAGAAACAUUGCAGAAGGCACAAACAGACUAAGAAAAGAAGGAUUGUUGUACCGUCUGACAUAGAAUCCUUAAAAUCUUCAACCCGACGAGUGAAAUCCUCAUGUGAUAGAGAAAGGAGAUCUCGUUCUUCCUCGUCUUCAUCUCAUCACUCGUCCAAGAGGGAUUGGUCUAAAUCUGAUAAGGAUGACCAGAGCUCUUCAACCCAUUCCAGCAGAGACUCAUACAGAUCAAAAUCGCACUCGCAGUCUUAUUCUAGAGGAAGCUCAAGAUCAAGGACUGCCUCAAAAUCUUCAUCACAUUCUCAAAGUAGAUCAAAGUCCAGAUCUAGUUCUAAGUCAGGGCACCAAAGAACAGCAUCAAAAUCACCAAGAAGAACAGCCUCUCAGUUAAGUGAAAAUAAACCAGUUAAAACAGAGCCUUUAAGAGCAACAGUGACACAAAAUGAAAAUGUUGUAGUACAACCAGUGGUGGCAGAAAAUAUUCCUGUUAUACCACUGAGUGACAGCCCCCCUCCUUCAAGGUGGAAGCCUGGGCAGAAGCCCUGGAAGCCCUCUUACGAACGAAUCCAGGAAAUGAAAGCUAAAACAACCCAUUUGCUGCCCAUCCAAAGCACUUAUAGUUUAGCAAAUAUUAAAGAGACUGGUAGUUCAUCAUCCUACCAUAAAAGAGAAAAAAAUUCAGAAAGUGAUCGUAGUGCUUAUUCAAAAUACAGUGAUAGAAGUUCAGAAAGUUCACCAAGGUCAAGGAGCAGAUCUUCUAGGAGUAGAUCUUAUUCCAGAUCAUACACAAGGUCUCGAAGUUUAGCUAGUUCACAUUCACGGUCUAGGUCUCCCUCAUCUAGAUCUCAUUCACGAAAUAAAUACAGUGACCAUUCACGGUGUAGUAGAUCAUCUUCAUACUCUUCUGUUAGCAGUGAUGAUGGAAGACGAGCCAAGAGAAAAUUUAGAUCCAGUGGAAAAAAAAGUUAUACCUCAAAUAGAAGACACAGCAGCAGCUCUGAAAAAGCACUUCGUAACAGAUAUGUCAAAGGCAGAGCCAAGUCUUCAUGUCAUAGAAAGUACAGUGAAAGCAGAUCAUCUUUAGAUUACUCUUCAGACAGUGAACAGUCAAGUGUUCAGGUUACGCAGUCAGCCCAGGAGAAGCAAGUCCAAAUGGAAGUGAAUAAUAAACAAGAGAGAAACAGAGAUAAAGACAAAUCUAGGCCUGAACGGGAAUGCCCUCAUUCAAAAAAAAGAACUUUGAAAGAAAAUCUUUCUGAUCACUUUAGAAAUAGCAGUAAGCCCAAAAGGAAGAAUUAUGCUGGGAGUAAAUGGGACUCUGAGUCAAAUUCUGAACGAGAUGUAACUAAAAACAAUAAAAAUAGUCCCCGGCCAUCUUCUGAUAAGGAGGAAGGUGAGGCCACUUCGGAUUCCGAGUCAGAGUCUGGUGAAAUUCACAUCAAAGCCAAACCCACAACUAAGUCUUCAGCAAAUACUUUACUGCCUGAUGGUAACAGUGCCUGGAAAUCAAGCAAACAGCGCUCCUCAACCUCUGAUUCUGAGGAAUUCUAUUCCAAUUCAGAAAACACUAGAGCAAAGCCACACAAGCAUAAACACAGCUCAAAAGAGAAUAUUAAAAGGGAACACACCAAAAAAGCAAAAGAGAAAUUAAAAGGGAAAAAAGAUAAAAAGCACAAGACUCCAAAACGAAAACAAGCAUUUCACUGGCAACCUCCACUAGAAUUUGGUGAAGAGGAGGAGGAGGAGAUUAAUGAAAAGCAAGUUACUCAGGAGGCGAAAGAGAAAAAGCAAGUUUCUGAGAACAGUGAAACCAUAAAAGAAAAUAUUCCCCAAACUGAUAAGCCCCGUGAAGACAGCAGCCUUUCAGGUAAACAUAGCACAACAGUUUCAUCAGAUAUUGAUCAGUCUACUAAAGAUGACGUUAAACUCAGCACUUCUCCUGUAACCGUAAACACUGAUGAAAAUGUAGUCAGUUCUCCCCCAAACAUUCAGCAUAUUGAAGAGAGCAUCCCAAGCGGAGCAGAGGAUAUGCUUCAAGCAGAUGACAACAUGGAGAUUUGCACUCCUGAUCGGAGCUCCCCAGGAAAGGCCGAGGGGGCUUCCCCUCUAGGAAAUUCAAGGCUUGAUACCCCAGAUAUAAGCAUUGUUCUAAAGCAGGAUAUGGCAGCAGAGUAUCCUGAGGCAGAGUUGAGAAAACAGGAAAGCAGUAUGUCAGAAAUCAAAAUGUUGGGUGAGAUGGGCAAACAGGACAGCGGCUCUGCCAGCUUGACCAGUGCUGUAGAAAGUACUAUAAAGAACGAGGUAGUUGAGAAAAGCCAGACCAGCCUCGUGGAUAAUAAAUGGAAGCCCCUGCAAGGUGUCGGGAACCUUGCAGCACCAUCUGCUACCACAUCCAGUGCUACGGACGGUAAGGCAUUGACUGCUAUGCCUGAAAUGAAACCACAGGGUUUGAGAAUAGAAAUUAAAAGCAAAAAUAAAGUUCGGCCUGGGUCUCUCUUUGAUGAAGUAAGAAAGACGGCACGCUUAAACCGGAGGCCAAGAAAUCAAGAGAGUUCAAGUGAUGAACAGACACCUAGUCGAGAUGGUGAUAGCCAGUCCAGGAGUCCAAGUAGAUCUAGAAGUAAGUCUGAGACCAAAUCAAGACACAGAACAAGGUCUGUCUCCUAUAGUCACUCAAGAAGUCGAUCGAGAAGUUCCACAUCAUCUUACCGAUCAAGAAGCUACUCUAGAAGUCGGAGCAGAGGGUGGUAUAGCAGAGGCCGCACAAGGAGCCGGAGCAGUUCCUACCGCAGUUACAAAAGUCAUAGGACGUCCAGCAGGAGCAGAUCCAGGAGCAGCUCCUAUGAUCCUCACAGUCGGUCCAGCAGGUCCUACACUUAUGAUAGCUACUAUAGCAGAAGUCGGAGCCGAAGUAGAAGCCAGAGGAGUGACAGUUACCACCGAGGCAGAAGCUACAAUAGGCGAUCCAGGAGUUGUAGAUCUUAUGGCUCUGACAGUGAAAGUGACCGAAGUUACUCUCAUCACCGAAGUCCCAGUGAAAGCAGCAGAUAUAGUUGAAAGUGUCCCCUUUUUUUUAUAUGAAUUAUAUCUUAUGUGUAAAUAUCUGGUAACUUAAAAAAUUAAGAAACUUAAUGGCAGUCUGUUGUUCUGUUUCGGUAUUAGAGAUGAAUUUGAAAAAUAGACACUUCUUAAUUGUUAUUUGUUUAUUUACAUGUGCAUAGAAUUUAAAAUACAGAUAUGUCUCCUUAAAAUAUUUGUAUGCCACAUUUUACAGUAGCCAACUAUGAAAAUUAAUUUCUUUUUCUUGAAUCAAGAAAUCAUGAAAUUUAAGUAUAAUUUGCAAUAUUAUUUUAGAUAGAUGAUUUGUCUCAUAUAUUUCUUAGAAUACAGAUUCUUUUUGCCCAUUUUUAAGGUUUUAGCAUCUAUGCUGCCCAAGCAUAGAACUGAAGGAGAACUGUGAAAGGUGGCCAAAUACUUCCAUACCAAUUACAGUCUUAUUCAUGUGUGCGCUUAAAAACAAACCACCCAAAAUUGAUACUGAUGGUAACCAGGCAGUGGCUCCUUUCUUCUUUGUUGUUUCAGAGGAUCCAGAACGUGGUCAUAAUACAGCCCACUGUCUUAUUUCAGGCUGGCGGGUGAGGUUAAAAAGAAUAGAUCAGCCUUAACUAUAAAUAUCUGCACUGUCUCUGUAGCCCUAAUGUUUCAUGUGCUUUUUUAAUAAAUACUAUUAGAAGUUCAGUUUGUUUAAAAAAAAAAAAAGUUCUAUUCCAGUUUAUGCUCUGGUGCUUGGUAACUUUUGGUGCAUUAUUCUUAUAUAUUAUACAUUAGAAUUCCAUCAGAGAGAGAAAUAAAUUUUUAAAAAGUUCAUUGGCACCAAGUAGGGUUCAUUGUAAGCUAUAUUCACUUUAACUAUUUGGAGAGCUUCUCUCAAGCACAGGUGUGGGCUGUGGGCCAUGGAGCAGGCAGGAUUGGCACAGGGUUGUGUAACCACUUGGGUAUGCUGCCCAGAACUGAUGCCUGGAAGAGUUGAAUGGAGAGUGGACUUCAAAAGUAACACUAAGAUCUACCUGCCACCAUUUUGGACAUAUUUUUCAGGGCUUUACUUUAAAGCCUUUCAAGUAAGAGAUGUAAGAGCAGUUGAACUGUCCUUAGCACCCGCCAGCUUGUUCCCCUGUUUCAGUGGCCUGCAGUGAUGCAGUGAAACCUUGUGUGAGAUGGGUAAGCCUAUGACAACAGACAGGAAAUCAGGGUGUGCAGUAUUGCAUAGAUUACACAUAUUCAGUGUCUUGAGUGGUUCCUGUAAAAAUGAUUUGACCUUUAAAAACUGGUGAGAUUUUGGUUUUUUUUAUCUUUAGUUUGAGCUUUUUCCCCAAGUGUACUUAAUCACCUUAGUGCCAGUUUUAUCCAGUUAUGCAGAAGAAAUUCAUAUUGGAUAUUUGAUGCAGAACUUUGUGCCAUCCUACCCCUUGCCUGCUAUACUUGGGAAGUGGGAAAGAACCCUCAGUUGAAGGGAUCUGACCACCCCUUAUGGAUGGAGGGGUGACCUUGGAUGUAUUACAACCAUCACCUAUAAAAGGUUCAUAAACAGGGUUAAGUGGCCAAUUGUUUGCCAAGUUGAUAGAUGAGAGUACAUUAGAAAGUAGGACCUGACUCAAGCAAACACUUGAUGGUGAAUAAAAAACAAUGUGUGAUUCAUAUGAGCAUUCUCAAAAGUUGCCUGCAGAGGAGAAUAUUGCUUUAAUAAUAUUCAGUGGAAAAAACUGCAUUUAGAACUCAAACCAAAACUGCCAAAUCUAAUUACGUUAAGAAAAGGUACCUUUAGGCAGUGUAUUAGUUUUCUAUUGCUGUGUAACAAAUUAUCCCAAACUUAGCAGCUUAAAGCAAUACUCAUUUCUUAGCUUACAGUUCUGUAGCUCAUGAGUCCAGCGUGAUACAGCUGGAUUCUCUGCUCAGGGUCUCACAAGGCUGAAAUCAAGGGUCAGCAGGGCGGCAUUCCUUUGUGGAGGCUCUGGGGAAGAAUCUGCUUCCAGGUUAAUUCAGGUUGUUGGCAGUAUGCAGUCCCUUGCUGGCUGUCAGCUGAGGUCCUCUCUCUCGGCUCCUUAAGGCUGCUCGCAUUCCUCCUUGUGCGCUUUCCUCCAUCUCCAAACCAGCAAUGGCCCAUUGGGGUCUUCUCAUGCUUCAGAGCUCUCUGCCUUCCUCCUCUGUUUUAAGGUUCAUGUGAUUAGAUCACGGUUCAUGUGUGAGACAGUGUCCCUAUUUAAGGUCAGCUGUGCCAUAGAAUGUAGUCACAGAAGUGAUAUAUUUACAGGUUAUCUGGGCUUGGGGCAUGAAAAGAGGGAAGGGCGUUUUAGAAUUCUACCUCCCACAGGCAAUAACUUUGCAGGUUGUGCUAUGGGUAGAAUUUUAUCCUCAAAAGGUGAGCCCUAGAAGCCUCGUUUGUUUUCUCCAUGGAAAAGAACAGCCCUCAGCUGCACCAUUCAACUUGUGUGUUUACUGAAUGGACUACAGAAAUAGCUUUUCUUCCUAAAGGGGAUUGUUCUGUAUUUUAAAUUAUUUUUUAAUAAAAUUGAAUUACAUCGUGUAUUGUGCUUCUUAAUAGAAAAUGCAUUAUUGGACUGUUUUUGUAAUGUCCUCUUUAUUGCAAAUGAACCUUGAUAUAGCUGGUAUUGUUCAAAAACAGUAGAAAAUACUUUUGUAUAUAUUGGCAAUGUCUAAUUUGUAUAUACUUCAUUUAAAUUCCCUAAAACUUAAAAGGGAGGCCUUGCAGAAAUUAAACUAUAUACUUAGUCUAA